GACUCUUACGACUAUUCAGACUUUAUGCAGGAAACAGAGGAGCAACUUGGUUCUUACAGACCAGACCUCAUCGUUGCCCCUGUCGACAUCGCUCGAGGUGCAAUUUCACACUUCAAGUCAGAAAGCAGUGCUUAUUCAACGGCUGCGUCAGCAGUUGAACCCGACACGGCUGCUUGUCUUUUCAAGAGUCUUGCGAUUGGUGAAUCAACUACGAUUGCAACAACACAUACCAUUAUGACUGAAUUCAGAAAGCGGUGCCUGUCGACUGGAUCCUGGGACAUAUUGAAGCAGGGCAUCGAUGCGAGUCUUACUGUAUCGGACUUUGAAGCCCACCAAGCCGUGCUCUAUCUCCAGUCACACGGAAUUCAGGCAGGACCAGCCGGUGCUGCAUCACUGGCAGCAAUUAAACGGCUUACAAUAUCCGAUAAAAAUGCUCUUGGCUUGACCAGGAAUUCGACUGUCGUGAUCUUUUGCCCUAUGACUAGUGACGUAACUUACGAUACCCCGCAUGAUGUCUCUGCUGACGGUCUCAUCCUCAUCACUCAAACAUUAGUCAGAAUCAAUUCUGUAAGCCCUACUCUUGGAUCUGUGGCUGACCCUGGAGAGACCGUGGUCGCUCAAUACAUCGCAUCAUGGUUGGAACAUCGCGAUAUAGCAACCCAUUGGAUCGAAUCUGUCAAAGGCCGCCCAUCGGUUGUUGGCGUUAUACGUGGCGCUGGAAGAGAUGGUGCAAAGUCCCUGAUGCUGAACGGGCACAUCGAUACCGUUACGCUGAUGGGUUAUGAGGACGACCCUCUGAGCGGCAAAAUCAUCAACGGAAAACUCCAUGGUCGUGGAUCAGCGGAUAUGAAGAGCCGUGUUGCAGCAGCCAUGGUAGCUCUAGCUAAUGUCAAGCGCCUAGAGCUGAACGGCGUUAAGCUUGGUGGUGAUGUUAUCUUCACCGCAGUCGCCGAUGAAGAGAGUGGGAGUGUAGGUACUGAGGAUAUCUUACGAGCUGGUUGGCGGGCAGGCGCCGCGAUCGUCUCCGAGCCUACAGGCCUUCAGAUUUUCCACGCACACAAGGGCCUCUGUGACAUAGAAGUGGUAGUUCACGGCGUCGCAGCCCACGGCUCGCGGCCUGAUUUGGGUGUUGAUGCCAUAAUCAAUGCAGGAGAUUUUCUUUCUGAGCUUGGAAAGCUCGUUAAGCAAAUUCAUCAAGGUACCGCUGGCAUUGGUCGUGACAUGACAUUAGGCACAGCGAAUGUGCAUGCUUCGACCAUCUCUGCUGGCUGA